AAAAUACAUAGAUGGCUGAAGAAGAUGAUAGUAUAGACAUUAUGUAUAAUUAGAUAUUAUUGCCUUUGAUGAAGAUGAAGAUAAUUCACCUCCAAAAGUUCAACCAAAAAUAUCCACCAGAUUUAAACACAAACAAGUUAGACAACAAGAAAUAAACAAUGAAGAAGCUUAAGAAGUGAAUGAAGAUGGCCCUGUAAUCAACUUUACUAAGUUAUUCAAAACUAGUAAAGAAGCAGGAACAGCAUAAGGUUUGAAAGUUGAUCCAACAUAUGUCACUCCAAUGGCUAAAUCUUUAUUUCUUAAUCCUGAUGAUAAAUAAGAUGAAGAUGAUGAUGAUCCUGGAGUAUUGAAAUUAGAAGAUCCAGAAGAUUAACCAUUACCACCAGAAGAAGGAGAUGUAUUUAUUAAAUCAAAAUCAAAUCGAUCAUAAAAAAGUACUCCUAAGAAAGAUGAAAGUAUUUUGGAUGUCAUAUAAAAAUAUGAUGGAAAAAAUAUGGAAAAUAGUUUAGAAUUCUCAGUACAUCCUAUUGGAAAGGGAACUACAGAAUAAUUUCCAGCUAGCUAAGAUAAUAGAGAUGAAUUAGUUGAUACUAUCUUCAGUCAAUAAUUGAAGAUAGGUAUUCAAUCAACUGAUACUAAAACAGAUUUUUAUGGAAUUUCUAUGUUGACACAAAAAGGAAGUUUAUUUCAAAAUGCUCUCAAAAUGUCAUUAAAACGUGCAUUCAUGACUCCUAUUUUACCAUUUAUUAUAAUCAUUACUAUUCUUGAUUAUACAAUGACGUCAGUUAAUGUAAUUUUCUAUCAUUAUUUAUUAAGCAAUUUUAAUUUUUCAUUAUUUAUAUUCUGAUACUUGCAACAUUGCCUACCUUUUUAUGGUAUAAAGUAUACAAAUAAGAAUUGGAAUUAGAAUUCAAAUUCGAUAGAUAAUUAGUAUCAGUCUAUGAUUUUGUAUAAAAACGAUUUACUACUCGAACUAUUAUUAGAUUAUUCCCUGGAUGCAUUGUAUAACUUAAAAAAGGUGAAAGAGUUCCUGCACCUAUGAUUAUUCUAAGCGCUGAUGGUAAAGAACAUGCUUAAGUUAAUUUUGGUGAUGAUGUUAAAACCUUUAAAGUAGCUGCACAAAAAUUAUUAGAACCUGACUUAACUUAUAUUGAUGGAUAAUUAGAAUUUAAUCAAUUACCCAUAUUUUCAGAUAAUACUAAAGCUAGAUUAAGAUUAGAUUUAGUAGAACCUAUUGAUGUUUAAUUAAAUCAGGAUUAAUUAGUCAAUGAAAAUGGAAUAGUAGAAUCACCUUAAUUGAUUGGUGUUUUGCUUCAUUCUUCAACACACCAAAAAUAUUUAAGAGAAGCCUUAUCAUUUAAUUUACCAUUAUAUUUAAAUCCUCUAAAUUCUGAAUUCUUCAGUAUUGGAAUAGCCAUUGUAUUGGCAAUCACAUUUUCAAUAGCUGGAUCUAUUUGGAGUAGUAAUAAUAAAGAUAAACAUAUUUACAUUAGAGAAUAAAGCAAUUAUAAUUUUAUAUCUUUAUUAAUUGAUAGAUUAAUUAUCUUUAGCAAUAUUGUUCCUAUAUUUGUAGAAGUCUUUAGACCUAUAUUCUUAUUGUUAGCAAGAUAAAAAGUUAAUGGUGACAUAGGAAUGGAUCCUUAAAGAUCUGGAUUAUUAACUAAAUUAAAUAGUUAUGUUGCAUUAGAUAAUCUAGCUAAUACUAAAUUUGUUAAUUAUGGUUAAGUUCUUAAUGAACCUAAAUUAAGAGUAGGAAAAGCUACUCUAUUAGGAGGACCUUAAGGAGAAAAGAAAGAUAAUGAAAAAAAUAAUGAUGAUGUUAAAUUAUAAGGAUAUGAACCUAAACCAAAUAAAGAAAUCAUGGAUGAUCAAAUAUAAGUUAAUCAAUCUACAGCCUUUGAAUAAAUUGAUCUAGAAUAUGAUGCAUAAUGUGAUGAUAAAGAAAGAAGUACAUUUGUAUUUGAAAGAGCAUUAUUAACAUUACCAUUUAAAACUUUGAAUUCUACUUAAUUAGCUAUUUAAAAAUAUUGUCAAUUAGGUGAAUGUGUACAAUUUUCAUAUGAUGAUAAUCAAAGAAGUAUUUUACUACCGAAAGAAGUAUUGAGAAGUUACUCGAUAAAAUUGAUUGUUAAUACUGAAUAAUGGGAUGCUUAUUUAUAUGAGAUGCCAUUAUUAGAAGAGAAGGAUUUAGAAUCAGAUGAUGAAGAAGCAUCAGAUUUACAGUAAUUAUAAGAUAGAAUAAAAAAAGAUAGAGAACUCUUUGAAAAGAUGAAUAGUAAAAGAUAUAUAUGGGUGUUGUAGGCAGACAUUGAAAGUACUUUAUGUAAAGAACAUCCAUAAUUAUCAUAAUUUAUGUAAGGAAAAGCUAUAUUUGAAUAUACAUUUUAAGAAGAGGAAUUCUAAAAAUUAUACAAAUAAUUAGGAUCAUCAGCAUUUAAAAGGAAAUAUAUUUAAUUAUCUCCAUUUGCAGAGGAAUAACUGAUGACUUAAAUAAAACCUUGUGGAGUAUUCUAAUUUUAGACGGUUGCCCAUCAUAAUUUUCAUUUAAUAUUGGAUUUGAAUUUAGCUAUAAUCAGAUAAUGGUUUUUCAUUAGAGAUGUAGAAAGAGAUCAAACUCUACAAUAUUUGAAAUAAUAUAUGGAAUGUGUAGAAUUUACAAAAGAUGAUUUACAUAAUGAAAUGACUAGUGUUAAAAGUUAAGCUGUACCAUUAUUUAAAUAAUCAACAAGAGAAUUCAAAGUUUUUGAUAAUUUGUAUAAGAUAGAUGAUAAAUUCAUUACCUUAAUAAUCAAUCAAGAAGUCUUAGAAUAAGCAUUAUCAGAUGGAGAAUUACGAUCUUAAUUCUACGAGGUAAUUAUGAUAGCAUCCUUUGUUGUCUUUCAUGAUCUCAAUAAAGUAUAAAUUGAAUAACUUAUGACCUUCCAAAAAGAUUAAUCAAAAAAUUAAGCAAUUGUUUCUGUAGGUCUUCAUGAUUAAGAUCUAUGCUUAUGUAAAGUAAACACUAUUAGAGCAAGUGUACAAUCCCAAACUGUUAAAAAUCCAUCAUUAUUUUCAGCUAUGAGUCAUAUUGAAUUAGUUAAUUUAGAUGGGUUGUCUAAACUAAUCUUGACUCAUGCUAGAUAAACCCAUGUUAGAACUGCUGGAUUCUUGUUAUUUAUCCUAUAUAAAGGUUUCCUCAUUACAAUGUGUGAAUUCUUCUUUUCCUUCUUUAAUGGUUAUUCAAGCACACAACUUUUCACUACCAGUUUCCAUUUUAUGUUCUAAACCUAUUUUACACCACUAUAUGGAUUUCUGGUCUUUUCAUUCUAUUCUGAUGUUAAUCAUCGAGUCAUUAGAAUGUUUGCUAGUGAAUUCAUCAAAUGUUAAAGAGAUUACUAUUUCAACAAAAAGAAAUUAUUCCUAAUCUUCUUUGACUCUGUGUAUUAAGGAUUUAUCAUUUUUUAUUUACCUGCUACAGUAACAUAAUUUAUAUCUGUUUUUAGAUUUUAUAAUAUGCAAACAAUCAAGAAGGUAUCAUCGAAGGAUUCUAUUACAUUUCCCUUGUCUCAUAUUUGACUGUUCUUUUGACUACACAAAUGCAACCAAUUCUUUAUUUAAGCACUUUAUCUAAAGAAUAAAUGUAAAUAUUUUUAUUUAUAACUUAGAGUUGUGAUCAUGUUCAACGUUACAUUAUGUGUAUUAGUAUUAUUUACAACUUGUUCAUCUGAAACAUGGAGUACAAGCAUACCAUAAUAUAUUCAUCAUUUGGAAUCAAUUUUAGACAGUGUAAAGAGUGUUUUUAUAAUUAUUUUCCUUUCUUGCAUUUCUUUGACCCCUACUAUCAUUCUUUAAUAAUUUGAGACAGUUUCUGAUUCAUAAUUGAUUAGAAUGAUACACUAUUAUGAAGAGAAGGAAGAAAUCGAAGAAGAACCAAAACAAAAACCUUAAGAAUAAAAAUAAUCCUAAGUAGUAGACACCAAAUAAUUGUAAACUAAAGGAUUGGAAUAAUCAAUAAUGAUAGAAUAAACAAGUUAGGAUCAGAUUAAUAUGUCAUAAGACAAUUUAUUACAAAAAUGAUUAUGAAAUAUAUUAUUAUUGAUUAUUUAGUAUUAGGAUGGGAU